AGAAUUUUGUGGAUACCCGAAAAGUGUUUUGCUAACCAGUCAAAUCGCUCACAAUCCCGCGUUUAUCCUCGUCAACAAUAACGACAACUACGACAAACGAUCUCGCUAUUGCAGAAAAUGACUAUCAACAUCAUUCUUGGUGCCCAAUGGGGCGACGAAGGCAAGGGAAAGCUGGUUGAUAUCCAGUCCCGAGAGGCGCAACUCUGCUGCCGAGCUGCCGGUGGAUCUAACGCAGGUCACUUGAUCAAGGUGGAUGGCGUCUCCUACAGCUUUCACCUCUUGCCUUCCGGCCUCAUGAACCCGAAAUGUAUGAACUUUAUCGGCUCCGGUGUUGUCUUCCACAUCCCGACCUUCUUCAGCGAGCUCAAGGAGCUUGAAGAGAAGGGCCUCGUUGCCGUUCACGACCGAAUCCUUGUUUCCGACCGAGUCAACGUCCUCUUGGACAUGCACAUGGCAGUCGAUGGUCUCGAGGAGAAGGAGCUUGGAGAUGAAUCCAUUGGAACGACAAGACGCGGUAUUGGACCUUGCUACCAAACAAGCAGAGCGCGAACUGGCAUCAAAAUGACCGACAUCUUCUACCCUGAGCUUUUGGAGAAGAAGGUUCGACGCCUGGCUGAUGGCUACAAGAAGCGCUUCGGAGACCUGUUCGAGUACGAUGUCGAGGCUGAACUUGCUUACCUCGAGAAGUACAGGGAGACAAUGAAGAAAUACGUCGUGGACGGUGUUGCCUUCAUGACAUCCGCACAGCAGAGCGGCACAAAGAUUGUCGUCGAAGGUGCUAACGCACUUAUGCUGGAUGUUGACUAUGGCUCAUACCCCUUUGUCACUUCAUCAAGUACCACGCUUGCUGGUAUCAUUGGUGGACUCACCCUGAACCCCAAGAACAUCACAGAGACGAUCGGAGUGGUCAAGGCUUACACCACCCGUGUCGGUUGGGGAGCCUUCAAGACCGAAGAUACGGAAGAGGUCGGCACUCAACUUCAGGAGAUCGGACGCGAAUGGGGAACGUCUACCGGCCGCAGACGCCGCUGUGGAUGGCUUGACUUGGUCGUCAUGCGCUACAGUCACUCGAUUAACUUCUACGAUGCGAUUAACUUGACCAAGCUCGACGUCUUGGACACUUUCGAAACGAUCAAGAUUGCCGUGGCGUACAAGGUCGACGGACAGGAAUUGGAAUCGUACCCUGCCGACCUCGCCAUCUUGGAACAAGCCGAGGUUGUUUACCACGAGAUGCCCGGCUGGCAAACGCCCACUACCAACGUGAAGACCUACGAGGAACUGCCCCAGAAGGCUCGCGAUUACGUUGAGUACAUCGAGAAGUUUUUGGGAGUCAAGGUCAAGUACAUUGGAACCGGUCCCGAACGUGAGGCUAUGAUCACCCGCGCUUAAAUGCGCCGUAGAGGAUUGCACCUGGGCCCCAGAUCAUGCCAUGUGUGGACUGGGGACGAAGGUGCUGGACAGGGCUAGAUAGCGGUGCUUGAGUUACUCUGAUUAGCACAAGUUAUAUGUUGUCUUUUGGGGCUCUUUUUCAGUAUAAAUAUUCUGACCAAAGUAGAAACUCUUAUAGGUGACAUUGAAUAUUUCCGUAUAUUUUUACGGGAACAAAAAAAGAAAUCUUAGUUAAAUAUCUCGCUCUGAUUUUUGCGUUUUUGGUUUAUAUGACCAUAGCUUGCUCAUUGAUACAGUAACAAGCAGCGGAUACCAUAUAUUGCAUGUUUUUUGGUCUUUUUGUUUGGACGAAAAACCAACUUGACCCAAUUCACGAGAUCAGUUCCUUGCGCUCAAUCAUAUCCCACGUUGGCUUAUC